GACGAGACUCCGGCUGAAACCAUUUCCAUGCGUGAGCAGGUCUUCAUGUGGGCUGAUAUUCCUAAAGAAAUUGGUAGAUCUUCAUUCGGAAAGAGACGAUAAUCUGAAAAGGUUUCAUCUUUAUGUUUCCAGAAAGUCUCCAAGUUGCUCCAAGACAAACAAACGAACUUGAAUAUGCCAAAAAAGUAUGAAAUCAACAGCGAUGUUUUUUUUGACAGAAUUUUCUAGGGAAUAUAGUGCAUUUGCUACUAGAUAGAAACGUAAACAUAAAAUGUACUGAAUAUUACCAGUAAUACACUGAAGAGUUAAUAUCAAGCACUGAAGUAAAGACUUGCAGUGGGUAUCUCACUCCUCACAGAGAAAAAUUGGAUGCAGAGUUAAGACUUCACAAAUAUGGCAAAAAUAGGUCAACAAUGGUUAAACCUACCUCAGGAUAUAUUGUUGGAAGUAUUCAGAUAUCUUACAUUUGAAGAAAAGGCUAAUGUUCGUGCAACCUGCAAAUAUUUGCAACAAUUGAUUGACCACCCUACUUUAUGGCUGAACAAAACAAUUGUCCUCAAAAGUUUACAAAACUGCAACUCGUGUUUUUGGACUACACUUCGAAAAAGGAGAAUAAGAUCUCUGCUGAUCAGGGAAGCGACUCCAAAGCAAUUGCAGAGGAUGGUGAAUUUGAUUCCGAACCUGGCUGCUGUUUCUAUGGAUGUGAAAGUGAACGUGGAAAGACUGCGCGCUCUGAGACCCUUGGCAAACUUACACACGCUGCAGCUGAAUAAUAGUUCAUUAAAGCUCGACCAGGAGCUGCUCAGGGAGGUGGUAAACUUCAAACAAUUGACAACCUUGGGUUUAUGUUCUCUGGUGUCUGGCCACAGCAGUUCUCUGUGCCUCCUCGCAGAAUUAAAAAAGUUGCAAUCUUUGACACUCCACGCGAGGCAGAAGAGCCCUUCUUUGUCAGCUAUUCAGUAUAUUUUGUUCCGGUUGCCAAAACUGAGAGAGCUAUCGUUGAGUUCAGUGGACACAUGGGAAAACUUAUCAUUGUGCUUUACAGCACCAGAAAGGAAGACCCCUGAAGAGGCAGGUGGUUUGGAAUCUCACUGCAUCGCACAGCUUCAAUUGGAGAAGCUGAGCCUUUUGCACAGCGCAAAUGGUCCACUGUCUAGGAAAGCUCUCAAGCAACUUUCGAAUGUUCAGAGCCUUUCUGUGAGCCUUACCAAGUCCUGUGUUUCACGGAACACCGAUUUUGUACAUAGCAUGCUGGGGGGCCUGCCAAAUAUUACUGAAUUAGAACUGUCCUGGAAUGGACCUUUUGGUGAAUUUGUGAGCAUUUUACCUUCGAACCUCAUAAGAAUCGAUUUGGUAAACGCAAGUCUUUCAGAUGCCGAUGUGCAGCUUCUUUCUGAUUCUUCAGGAAAAUCUCUGAAACAUCUGGGCUUGAUGCUCUGCAGUGGUAUUACUGAAACAAUGUUAAAGCAACUGCCCAAACAGUUUCCUUACUUGCAGACCCUUGACCUGAGCGGAUAUAGGUUGCUGAAUCAAGGAAUUUUGUUUGGCUUAGUGGAGAUGUCAUUUCUAAAGGAAAUUGUAAUUUCUAACGAUCCACAUCUAAUGGACAUAAUGACAAAGCAAUUUCGGGCUUUAACUGACAACAGAGUGCAUCUGACCCAGAAGAGCAGAAGAAAUUGCAAAGGAUGUGAUUGCAUAUUUUAUUCUCAGUUUUUGGGUUGAAGAAUGGGAGAAUAUUGUUGGGCAUGAUAAAUAUGUAAGCUUGGUUGUGCACUGUAAAAGAUGGUAAUCAAGAUGGGUCCACCUUGACAACUUUCCUUCUAAACGUCUGGGUGAUCUAGUGGCAAAUGUGCAAAAUUUGCAGAAAAGCAGUGCUAAAUAGAAAAUUUCAAGUUAGAAAAUAUGUAGAUCAAGUCAGAAGAAUGGAGCAAGAUUUGAAUAAUGUAUUCUAUAUUUGGUAUUCUAAAUUAUACAUUUUGAAGAAGAGAAAUCUUGCUCUGAAAUCAGAAGUAAGCAUAUUUAGGACCAAUGUGUUUCGCAUUAAGAAAGCAGGUUGUCAGAUUUUUAUAAUGAUUUUGUUCAUGUUUAUGAAUGUGUACUUUUAUUUGAUGUAAAUAGAGUUGAUAACAUUUUGUGGAGAUUAUCUGAAAAUUGCUCAUUUAUCCAUAGAAGACCAAAAAGUUUUUUUUCUAUUCAGCAGAAAGAACUCUGAGAGAGAUCAUAUACUUUUGCUUACAUAUUGUUUUUAACAAAGUUUAGACUUGUUCCUUGUGGUACUUUUAAUGGUCAUUGUUAUGCAUCGAAGUGAUGGAGGAUUUAGUAGAGUUUGAAAUAAUGUAGGUGACUGACAAAAUAGCUUCAUGUUUAUCUUAACAUGUUUGCUACAAACUGGCCAAUGAUCAUGUUGAAUGUCAUGGGUAAUUUACUUUCCUUCAUUAAUGUGACCAUAUUUUAACAAGGAAUGAUGGUUUUAAAAGGGCAUUUUAAAAUACAGUUGCAGGAAACUUCAAGAUACAAGCUUGUAUUACUUCUCAGAUUUUGACUUCUUGGUGUCUCCCAUUGAAUGUCUGUAAAGAUACACUUCACAGAUUGUUCUACAUAUGAAUAAAAAAUGGUCUGUUGAAUCAAUGAUGCUGUUGGCCGUAUGCUAGGACCCAUGGAAUAAAGGGUCAGGUAUAAAAUAACAGAAAGGAUAAAUCCGUUUUUUCUUAUACAAUUUGAGUAGAUACUUUCAAAGCCAGUAAAAAUAACAUUGUACUGGAGCUAUGAAAAUAUUCUGCAUUGUUAAAUUAAAAGUUAUGAUUCUGACUUACUAAUUGUUUCGGUUAAAAUUGUAUUGAUUAAAGAAUGCAUCUUAUGCCUCAUUGUCAAAUUUACUACAAUGCUCUUCUGUAUGGAAUGUGCUAACUUUAUUGCUUUUGUUUGGAGCAAAUCUCCUUCAUUUACAAAUAAACCUGUCCUAAUACUGUUUUUCCUGCACUAUAUACUAUUCCUCCACAAGAGGGCAGGCACACCACUCUACAUUGAAACUGGCUAAGUUUUGAUAAAGUGACCUAUCCUUUGAAAACUUUCUCCAUUGGAUGGUAACUGAUACUGGCUGAGAUUAAAAGGUUGGAGGUAUGAUAAUAUUGUGCCUAUGAAUUGCUGCUCCAUAAUCAUAACA